CUAUAUAGCGUGCCAAUGCUGGCAUCGCGCGAGCGGAGGAGCGGCAAUGUUCUCCAGGACUACGCAAUGAAAAGGCGCCGCGUGGAGCCGUCGGCCGAUGGGGCCGUGUACUUCAUCGAGCAACGGCUUGUGGGAUGGAUUAUCGGCAAAGGUGGCGCUACCUUGCGCGAGAUUGAGCAGGCUUAUGCCGUCAAAGUGGUGGUUGAUCAGAGCAGUAAGACGUCCGGCUUUAGCAAAAUCCAGAUUUCUGGCGCGGACGGUGACAUCCAAAAGGCAGCGGAGCACAUCAAUGGCUCGCUGGCCAGCGCGGGCAACCCUGGCGAGGCAAUACCCUGCUUGCAGGACAGCUUGCCGCGCCAUGACAUCAGCAACGAGGAGAUGGAGGUCAAGCAGCGGUACGUUGGCUGGCUGCUCGGCAAAGCCGGCAGCGCCAUUGCCGAGAUUGAGAAGGAGAGUGGCUGCCAAAUCUUCGUGAAUCAGGAGACCAAAGCGUUGGGGCACAGCAUCGUGCAGCUCAUCGGCACAGAUGAGCAGCGAGCAGCUGCCAGGCUGACCAUCGAGCAGUCCAUUGACAGGGCGAAGGUAGCUCGCGAGGGCCAGUUGGCGGAGGAGCGGGUGGAGAUCGAGCAGCGCUGGGUUGGCUGGUUGCUGGGGAAGAAAGGCGGGCAGGUGCAGAUCAUUGAGCAGGAGACCGGAGCGCAGAUCCGCAUUGACCAGUCCACGAAGCAGUUGGGCUAUAGCACAGUGGUCCUUUCCGGCACGGCUGACCAGGUUGACAGCGCCAGGGAUCGGGUCAACGCUUCCUUGGAGAAGGCGGGAGCCACGCCAAUGCCGGCCAAGAGCGGGGCCGUGCGCGCACAAGCUGCUGCCGAUUUGGUCAUUCCUCCGGGUGGUAGCGAAGGAAGCUCGCUGAGCGCCCAAGUCACCGUGGAGCAGCAGUGGGUGGGCUGGCUCCUGGGCAAGAGCGGGGCCGCGGUGCGAGACAUCGAGGCGAGCUCCGGGGCGCGGAUCGCGGUCAAUCAGGACACCAAGGCCGAGGGCUUCAGCACAAUACUGCUGAGCGGCACUGCGCUGCAGAUCCGAACAGCGUAUGAGUCCAUGACGGAGUCUUUGAGGCGAGCAGGCGGCGCCCUGAGCGAGCUGCCGGCGUCCAUCUCCGGCAGAUCCACCUUGGUGCCGCCGCUGAGACAAAGCAAGCAGGCUGCUCUGCUGGACGCCGUUUGGCUUUUGGCGCAGACUCUGGUGGAGCAUGCCGGUCGGGAACCACUGCGGCAGCUCUUGCCGGGCCUGUCCGACUCUUUGGGUCCCGAAAUGGCGGAGUCGCUUAGAAGCCUGGCCCCUGAUGCCAGAAGCGACAGGCGAGGCGAGAGAGGCCACGUGCUUGACUUGCAGGUGGACCAGAAUGUGGUGGGUUGGCUGCUGGGCGGUCGCGGGAAGACGGUGCAGCAGAUUGAGGAGGAGACGGGAGCCAAAAUCGACAUUGACCAGUCCACAAAGAGCGCUGGCUACAGUAUUGUUCACGUGUCCGGCUCAAUGUCAGCCGUUGAAAAAGCAGAGAAAAGGAUUCAGUCUUCUCUUGCCAUCAUCACCAAAGAGAACCAAAAGGAUGGGGAGAGCAUCGCCAUGGAGGUGGAACAACGAUUGGUGGGAUGGAUCUUGGGCAAAGCUGGCACGGUGCUGAAGCAGAUCCAGGCGCAGAGUGGCGCCUUCGUGUCCAUCGACCAGUCGAGCAAGGAGUUGGGCUUCAGCACCGUGCGGAUCAACGGGGGCUGGCAACAACGUCUGGCCGCCAGGCGCCUGAUUGAAGACAAGAUCCUUGAGGCAGAUGCAGCUGCGCGGCGAUGAGGGGCGGCAGU